UUCACUGUUCCUCUUCCACUGUGGUUCUGUCUCGGCGCGGUCGUUCUCUGAUAUAGUACAAGUGUAAUUAAUUUCUAUCUCCUGUAUCAUUAGUACGGCGAGUGUGUACAACAGCGUAAACAAUGGCUGAUCAGCAGGAGAGUAAGGAUUUCAGUGAAGACCUAGCGGAGCAAAUGUUCGACAAGAACGGCGAGGCUGAGAGUUGUGAUGCCGGUGGUGGAGGCGACGCUGUGGAGAAUGGUCAGGACUCGCAAGAGGAUAGAAAGUUAUUUGUCGGUGGCUUAAGCUGGGAGACUACUGACAAGGAAUUAAGGGAACAUUUCAGCACAUAUGGCGACAUUGAAAGUAUCAAUGUCAAAACAGACCCUAACACGGGGAGGUCAAGAGGCUUCGCCUUUAUCGUCUUUGCUAAAGCUGAGGCUCUCGAUAAGAUUAUGUCAGCUGGCGAUCAUAUAAUCAAUAACAAAAAGGUCGAUCCGAAGAAAGCGAAAGCCAAGCAUGGAAAGAUAUUUGUCGGUGGCCUGCCGACAGAGCUCUCCGACGACGACAUCAAGAACUUUUUCUCACAAUUUGGGAAUAUCGUUGAGAUGGAGAUGCCGUUUGACAAGACGAAGAAUCAGAGGAAGGGUUUCUGUUUCAUUACAUUCGGAUCCGAACAAGUAGUCAACCAAUUGCUUAAGACACCUAAACAGACUAUCAAUGGAAAAUCGGUGGACGUGAAGAAGGCAACGCCGAAGUUGGAUGGCAUGGGUGGAAUGCGCGGCGGAAUGAUGGGUCGAGGUAGAGGAACUAGAGGCGGACGUGGUCGUGGAUUCGGCCAAGGCGGCUGGGGCCAGAGUUACGGAGGUGGUUACGGCGGUGGCUACGGUCAAGGUGGCUACGGCGGUGGGUACGACGGUUACGGUGGAUACGAUUAUUACAGCGGCGGUUACGGCGGUUACGGGGGCUAUGAUUACAGCGGAUAUGGUGAUGGCUAUGGCUAUGGCGGUGGUAAUUACGAGGGCUACGCGGGCGGGCGCGGUGGUGUACGCGGUAAAGGUUCUCUUCCUCAUUGCUAUCGAUCUCUUCAUUCGUCCAAUCAUCAUUCCAUUAAGCCACGUGAGCCACGUCCCUCCUAGCAAGAAGCUUGACAAAACAUCAUUUUUCGACAAUGUGGAUAACUACUGCUAUCAAAAACUCAUCACCAAGAAUUACAAUCGCGAUACGAUCGAGCAGCAGUGAUUUCAUUUUGUAUUUAACUUCGACAUAUUAUUCCGCUUCUAUAUACUUCCUUUUCUGCCGUUUAUGAUGCAGGCUUGUCGUUUUUCUCCUUUUUAAUGGUGCAUGCGCCUGGCAGAAAAGCAAGCAUAUAAAGCCGCCGACUUUCGAAUGUAAUACCGAACAAAACCUGAAAAGUAUCCAACAAUAUUAAUAAACUUGCAAGAUAAUGUUGCCGUACGAUAGACGAAGUGGAAUAAGAAUAGUUGUAUAAAAUAAAGGAAGCACGAUGAUGUGCCUCAACAUUGAAA